AUGCUAUAUGUAACGAGAAAGCCGGCUGUGAUCAAGAGGAAAGCGGAGAAACGUACGAAAUUCCGUAUCAAAGCGUGGCUAAUAACGGUUUUGUCAGUCACACUCGCCGAGCAUGCGCAAGGGCAGUGCCCGUGGAAGGAAUCACCAAUCUUGCAGGAAACGUGCAUUUGCGCGUAUAACUUAGCGCGACAAUUGUCCGUACAGUGCGAUCAGGUGGAUUUCCCAGCCCUGCUUUUCGCAUUAAACUCGAACGCUCGUAAAAUCACCAUAGACCUACUUUAUAUAAAUAACUCGACUGUAACUGAUCUAACCGAUGAUCUGUUUAUAAACCUUGCCAUACAUAACUUACAAAUAUCUGGCUGUGGAAUAAAAAAAAUAUACGACAAUGCUUUCCGGGGUCAAGGAUCGUUUCUAAAAAAUUUAAACCUUCAAGAUAAUGAACUAAUGGAAAUACCGACCAAGGCUUUAAAGAUAUUAAAAAGUCUAUCCCUACUCGAUAUAUCAAAGAAUCGAAUAACAUACGUAGAAAAUCACGCCUUUUCGACUUUACAAGAACUAACUACUUUAAAACUCUCUGAUAAUAAUGUAACACUAGCGCCAUACGCACUAGCCGGUUUAGAAAACUCAUUGAAAAAUCUAAAUUUAAAAGGUACCAAACAAAAGGUUGUUCCAGAAUGUGUUCGGGGCCUUAAAAAUCUAGCAUUUUUAGAUCUCUCCCAAAAUAGCAUUCGUGAAUUACCAGGACCAGUCGGUAUUAAGACUUUUGAAGGAUUAGAGUCUUUAACAGCGUUAAAUCUUGAAAGAAACUUACUAGUUAAUUUAAAGCACGACGCCUUUUUAGGGGUCAAAAACACACUCAGUUCACUCAGUCUUCUUAAUAACCUUUUGCCAGAAUUUCCUAUAGAAGCAGUAGCAAGUUUAACCGAAUUACGAGUGUUAGAUAUCGGAUUUAAUUUGUUAAAUAAAUUACCUACCGGUGCAUUUUCAAAAAACCCACUUAUAACCUUGUUGGCCUUGGAUGGUAAUCCCCUACCAACUGUUCCCGAGAAGGCAUUAGCUCACCUUAAUCAUACAUUAAGAGGUCUUAGCUUAGGCGGGCGUUUUUUAAACUGUGAUUGUCGCUUGCGGUGGAUAAUUGAAUGGAUUCGCAAUGGCGAACUUCAAGUAACAUCGCGCGAGAGAAAUCCCCAAUUUUGCGGCAAUCCUCCACACUUUCGCGAGCGUGGUUUUUACAGUUUUGAACCAAACGAACUUGUCUGCGAACAAGAAAUGCCCGAAAUAUUAGAAUCAGUACCAAACACAACCAAAAAGGUGGUUGAUGUCCGAUCUACAACCACAACACCAUCCACAACCUCUACUGCUUCAUCGACUCCAAUUUCUACGACAACAUUGACUACGAUAGGUUAUAUUCGCAAUGAGACUUCUCCCACCCCAACGACUACUCCGACUACGACAUCUACGGCUAAAACUACUAGUUCAAUACCAGCAGUAAGGACAGCAGCACCUACCUGGCGUCACGCUCCAAACCAAAGACCGCCACUAAUUAUGAAUUUUUCACAGCAAAAAUCUAAAAUAGACGACUCGAAUGAAGUUAUAGUUAAAAACGCAUAUAGACAAGACAAUUCUGUUAUCAUACAAUGGGAUUCCGAUGUUGCAAAUAUUUUGGGAUUUCGAGUUGUGUACAGAUUAUUUGGUGAUAAGAGCUUUAAACAAGGACCACCUCUAGAAGCCAGUGAAAGAGAAUUUAAAAUAAAAAAUGUUCCAUCCCAGGAAUGUAUCGUGGUUUGCGUCAUUUCCCUGGAGGAAGUUCACGUCAGUCCAGAGACAGUACCCUAUUCACAAUGCAGAGAAGUACGUACAGUAUCUGCAGCUGCCACGAAUAUGGAUAAGAUAACGAUAGCAGCUAGUGCUGCUAUAUGCGGCACUAUCGUCGUGGCAGUACUCAUUUUUGCGGCGGCUUCGCGAAGGCGGUCUAGAACAAUACAUCGACUUCAUACACAGCCCCCAGAAAAAAUGCCAAAUCCUUGUUGUGGAGGUUUAACCGGUACACCAAGUCCAAAUGGUCCACUGUCUUCAUUAACAACUCUUGGGGCAUUUGGAAAGCAACGUGAGUGGGACCAAGUAUCGGCUUAUAGCGCACGAUCUAUUCCUCGGGCACGCUCUUUUACUGAACCAAAUGCUCCAGACACCUUGCAAGGUCGCCCAGGUAGGGCGCGCUCUUUAGCCGAUGGCCAAUCACAACAUAGUUAUUCGCAAUCUGCCCGUUAUGGCCCAUCUGGGUAUCCUGGAAGCUUGUUAGGAUCGAGAACCGAUCUUCGACAAUCACGGCAAUCAUUGGGAGCAGCGUCAGAGCGAGCGUCUCGAUUAUCAUUAAGCGGUGCUGCCGGUGGAGCGACGAGCGGUACGGCUGGAUCUAGAAGAAGACCCCGGUCGCGAUCAAGACCCGCUAGUCGCUACAGUGUGGGCUCGCUCGGGUUGGGUUAUUGUGACACAUCUGAUAACUGGACCGAUCACGAUAUGGACAUUUACAUGGCACGAAAUCCUACAACUCGUGGUGGACUCGAGCAUGCAAUUCUGGGUGCAAUCGCAAAACACAAUCUCGCCCACGCCGACGUUCUGACUGCCCCAAAUGUGCAACUCAUCAAGGGUAUGGUUCAAGAGAAAACUGAGUCUACGCAGCACGAGUAA